AUGAGGUCGAUCCAGAUCGCAAGUCGCUCGGGAGCAGCGCUGAGGCGCGUUCUGCACCCGCAGCAGCUCCGAUGCCUCUCCGGCAACACGGCCGCCCGCCGACAGUACUCGCAGAGCUCCGACAGCACCCUCCCUCCGAACUACGAGACGCUCUACAGCAAGUACACCGAGGUCCGCCGCGUGCUGGGCAAGCAGCGCCUCACCCUGGCCGAGAAGAUCCUCUACAGCCAUCUCGACAAGCCCGAGGCCAACCUGCUCAACAACACCAACAAUGGCCGCGACAUCCGCGGCAAGGCCAACCUCCAGCUCAAGCCCGACCGCGUCAACAUGCAGGACGCCUCGGCCCAGAUGGCCCUGCUGCAGUUCAUGUCGUGCAACCUGCCGCGCACCGCCAUCCCCGCCAGCAUCCACUGCGACCAUCUCAUCGUCGGCGAGCACGGCGCCAAGGAGGACCUGUCCUCUGGCAUCAAGAUGAACCAGGAGGUCUUUGACUUCCUCGAGUCCGCCGGCAAGAAGUACGGCCUCGACUUCUGGCCCCCCGGUGCCGGCAUCAUCCACCAGACCGUCCUCGAGAACUACGCCGUCCCGGGCCUCAUGAUGCUCGGCACCGACUCCCACAGCCCCAACGCCGGCGGCCUCUGCACCAUCACCAUCGGCGUCGGCGGUGCCGAUGCCGUCGAGGCCCUUGUCGGCGCGCCCUGGGAGCUCAAGGCCCCCAAGAUUCUCGGCGUGCACCUGACCGGCAAGCUGAACGACUGGGUUGCCCCCAAGGACCUGAUUCUCCACCUCGCCGGCCUGCUCACCGUCCGUGGCGGUACCGGCUUCAUCAUCGAGUACUUCGGCCCCGGUGUGGAGACCCUCAGCUGCACAGGUAUGGCCACGGCUUGUAAUAUGGGCGCUGAGGUGGGUGCGACUUCGUCCAUCUUUCCCUACACCGAUGCGUCGGCGAGGUAUCUCAAGUCGACCCGGCGGGAGGCUGCUGCGAAUGCUGCUGCUGCGCUCCAGGGUUUCCCCGGCGGCGGCGCCUCGGAGGACGCGUUCUUCAGGUUCAAGGCCGACGAGGGUGCCGAGUACGACCAGGUCAUCAACAUCGACCUGUCCACGCUCGAGCCGCACAUCAACGGCCCCUUCACUCCCGAUCUGUCGAUCCCGCUGUCCGAGUUCAAGGAUACCGUCAAGGAGCAGCAGUGGCCCGAGAAGCUGUCCGCCGGCCUUAUUGGCAGCUGCACCAACAGCUCUUACGAGGACAUGACGCGCGUGGAGAGUAUGAUGAAGGCGGCAGGCGAGGCAGGCCUCAAGCCGGCUGCCGAUUUCUACAUCACCCCUGGCAGUGAGCAGAUUCGAGCCACUCUGGAGCGUGACGGCACCCUGGAGACGUUCACCGAUGCUGGUGGUAUCGUGCUGUCCAACGCUUGCGGUCCCUGCAUCGGACAGUGGAAGCGACACGACGGUAUUGAGAAGGGCACGCCGAACGCCAUUCUUACCUCGUACAACCGAAACUUCCGUGGCCGCAACGAUGGCAACCCCGAGACGCUCAACUUCCUGGCCUCGCCCGAGGUCGUCACCGCCAUGGCGUUCGCCGGCUCUACGACGUUCAACCCCAUCACCGACACCCUCACGACGCCCGACGGCAAGGAGUUCCGCUUCCCCGCGCCCAAGGGCCUCGAGGGCCCGCAGGUCCCCUUCGACUCCGGCCUCGCCGAGCUGGCGGCCCAGAAGCAGGAGCCCGACGCGAGCGUGCCCAUCGCCAUCUCCCCCACCUCGGAGCGCCUGGCGCUCCUCGAGCCCUUCGACGCCUUCCCCGAGGGCGAGCUGACGGGCCUGCGCGUGCUGGUCAAGGUGACGGGCAAGUGCACGACCGACACCAUCUCGGCGGCGGGCCCCUGGCUCAAGUACAAGGGCCACCUGCCCAACAUCAGCAACAACACGCUCAACACGGCCGUCAACGCCGAGACGGGCGAGGUCAACGCCGCCUACGACCUCGACGGCAGCCGGCACACGAUCCCGGAGCUGGCCCGGCGGUGGCGCGACGCCGGCCGGCCCUGGCUCGUGGUCGCCGAGCACAACUACGGCGAGGGCAGCGCGCGCGAGCACGCGGCGCUGCAGCCGCGGUACCUGGGCGCGCGCGUCAUCGUGACCAAGUCCUUUGCGCGCAUCCACGAGACCAACCUCAAGAAGCAAGGGGUCGUGCCGCUGACGCUGGCCGACGAGGCCGACUACGACCGCAUCGGCGCCGGUGACGAGGUCGACACCGUGGGCCUGUACGACAUGCUGCGCAACGGCGGCCGGGGCGAGGUGCGCCUCCGCGUGACCAAGAAGGACGGCGGGGAGACGUUCGAGGUCGCGACCAGGCACGCUGUCAGCGAGGACCAGGCUGGCUUCAUCCUCGCGGGCAGCGCGCUGAAUCUGCUGUCCAAGGGUGUGUAA